UGUCCUUCUUGGUGAAGUUACCAAAGAAUGAAAUUUCAGACACAGACACAUGUUCGCUAGAUAACUACAAAGUAGUCUACAUUUGUACAUUACCUAUUCUUAUUUCAUGGAAGACACCGAGCCCAUGACUGAGAUGGUGGACUCAAACGGGCCGGAGAAUGGCGGGGGGGAACCGGACCUGGCCGACAUCACGCCCCCCAAGAGCAAGAAGGGUGGCCGCAAGUCCAAACGUGGCCGCAAGAGGCAGCGGAGACUGGAGGAAGAGGAGGAGGAGGAGGAAGAGGCAGGGAUGAGGGGCGACGCCGCCAUGCAGGAGCCGGACUCCGACAAUGACACUGCAGCUGCACUUGCGGCCGUAGCAGUAACCGUUGAGUCGCCGCCGAUGGCAGCUCCAGCACCGCUGCCGCCGUCACCGCUACCUGCCGAACCAGAAGAGGAAACAGAGGAGCUGCCCGACCACACCACCACCUUCGCUGCCACCACCACUGGAAGCCCUGCCAACAUGGAGCUGGAGGAUGCUGUGAAGGAGGCGGAGCCUGGGGAGGAGGAGGACACACCUAUGGUGCUGUCUGAGCCGGGAGAGGGAGAGGGGGAGAGAGAGACAGAGGGCGCCAAAGCGGGGGAUGCGAGUGGAGCGCCAGAUGGAGUGGUCGAACCUGAGGCCGAGGCUAGGGUUGAGACGGAGGCUCCGUUCCCCUCGGAAUACGACCGCCUCUACAAGGUGGUGGAGGAAAACGUGGAGGACUUUAACGCCUGGGUCUACCUACUGCAGUAUGUGGAGCAGGAGAAUCACUUGGCGGCGGCUCAGAAGGCGUUCGAUGCAUUCUUCCAGCACUACCCGUAUUGCUACGGCUACUGGAAGAAGUUUGCAGACAUCGAGAAGAAGAACGGAAACGUGCACAUAGCAGACGAGGUGUACAGGCGAGGUCUGCAGGCCAUUCCCCUCAGUGUGGAUCUGUGGCUUCACUACAUCGCCUUCGUGAAGGACAACCAGGACACCAGUGACGGCGAAGCAGAGGGGCGCAUCAGGGCCACCUAUGAGCAUGCAGCACUGGCGGCAGGUACGGAUUUCCGCUCGGACCGGCUUUGGGAGGCCUACGUUGCCUGGGAGACGGAACAAAACAAACCAGCCAACGUCACAGCCAUCUACGACAGAGUACUGGGCAUCCCCACCCAGCUCUACUCACAACACUUCCAGAGGUUUAAGGAGCAUGUGCAGAGCAGCAACCCCAAGCACUUCCUGUCGGAGACGGAGUUUGUGGCUCUGAGGAAGGAGCUGGCGGCAGGCAGCGUAACCGGGAGCGACGGGGAGGAGGCGGGAUCACCGCCUGGCGAGGAGCUCCCUCCUGGCACCGAGGACCUGGCCGACCCUGCCAAGCGUGUGACAGAGAUCGAGAACAUGAGGCACAAGGUCAUCGAGGCACGCCAGGAGAUCUUCAACCACAACGAACACGAAGUUAGCAAACGCUGGGCCUUCGAAGAGGGGAUCAAGCGUCCGUAUUUCCACGUGAAGCCUCUUGAGAAGUCCCAGCUGAGUAACUGGCGGGAGUACCUGGACUUUGAGCUGGAGAACGGCACUCCAGAGCGGGCCGUGGUGCUGUUCGAGAGGUGCCUCAUCGCCUGCGCCCUCUACGAGGAGUUCUGGAUCAAGUAUGCCAAGUACCUGGAGGGCUACAGUAUUGAAGGGGUUCGUCACGUCUAUAAGAAGGCCUGCACCAUCCACCUGCCCAAGAAGCCCACUGUACAUCUGCUCUGGGCCGCCUUCGAGGAACAGCAAGGCAGCAUAGACGAGGCCCGGCGCGUCCUCAAGAGCCUGGAAGAGGCGGUGCCCGGCCUGGCCAUGGUGCGGCUGCGGCGCGUCAGCCUGGAGCGUCGCCACGGCAACCUGGAGGAGGCGGAAGCCCUGCUGCGAGACGCCAUGGUGACGGGAUCGGCGCAGAGUGACGGCACCGAGAUCAGCAAGGAAGUAGAGACGGACGCCGCCAGCCACGCCACCACCACCUCAUUCUACGCCGUCAAGCUCGCCAGGCAGCUCAUGAAGGUGCAGCGGAGCAAAGGAAAAGCCAAGAAGGUGCUUCUGGAAGCCAUCGAGAAAGACCAGGCGAGCCCCAAGCUGUACCUGAACCUUUUGGAGCUGGAGUACAGCGGUGACGUGCAGCAGAAUGAGGCGGACAUCGUGGCGUGUUUCGACCGCGCGCUCCGCAGCUCCAUGCCCCUGGAGGCCCGCUUGACCUUCGCACAGCGCAAGGUCGAGUUCCUCGAGGACUUCGGCAGCGACGUCAACGUACUCGUAGCUGCGUAUGAGGAGCACCAGAAGUUGCUGCGGGACAGUGACUCUACGAAGAGGAAAGCUGAGAACGGGUCCCAAGAGCCUGACACCAAGCGGCAGAAAAUCGAUGAGGCCUCGACCAAUCAGGUGACGCCGGACAUGCAGACGGGACAACAGGCCUACAACUACAACUGGUACCAGCAGCAAUAUGGCUACCAGAACACCUGGGGCCAGUAUAACCAGUACGCCCAGUACAGCCAAUACUACCCUCCUCCCCCCACAUGAUCUCCAGGACAACCUGGCGUGACGGAGUGACGGGAGGCUGUGGACAGAGACAGCGUCCCUUUUUAACCCUGCUGACGCCAGCGUGUUGCCCCUGAUGACCACCAGACUGUACCUGGCGACCGCAAUCGACGUCAGCAUUUCACCCCUAACCCCCCCAUGCGUGUUUGGCCGUGUGUGUGUGUGUGUUUGUAUAUUUGUGUAUCUUCAAAUUAUUUUACUUUGCCUUCCCCUCACAUGUGAAGCAACAGAGUGGAUGAGAUUCUUUUCUGUCUUUUAUUUUUUUUGGAAAUGGUUUAGCCUGGAGUGAACUCUGCCUUUUAAGAAAUCUGGUUGUGUUUGAACAAAAUGAAGGUUUGAAAAGCAUACUGAACCCCUUGCUAUUAUUUUAUUUCUUCAACAUCCUUUUGAAUGUGUUUUGGGGCAAAAAGAUUUUUUUUUAAUUUUUGAAUUUCAUAAUAAAGUGAUAUCAUUACUUUCA